ACAUCAUUUACACACAGUGUUAUUACUAUGCCAAUAGCCAUCCUUUGUUACAUCCUUUUUGAGUGAAAUGAUCAAUAAAUGUCAUACGUUACACUUUUGGGGAAGUUUUGAAGUGUUUCCUGCAAAACUUAAAAAAUGAGUUAGGCGAUUAUUUUAACAGGGUGACGAUAUAAAUAAGCUACAGCGAUACUUUGAUACAAAAAAAGCAAAGGGGAGCUUUUGGUACCACUCGUAAUGUCCCGAAACUGACACUAGGAGUCGCAGGUCUCUCUGCAGAUUUCCUAUUGAGGUUAUGCGCCAUAUUGGCAGUCUCCUCCAUCUCAUCAAACGUCGAGCAUGCAUGUCUCUAACCGGUUAUUGAGGAGAUAUCUGUAAAUAUUUACAGUCACCUACGAGCAACACUAUGGAGGCCGUCAAAGCCUUCAACAAUGAGCUGUACUCAUUGAAUGAGUACAAGCCACCCAUCUCCAAGGCCAAGAUGACCCAGAUCACCAAGUCUGGAAUCAAAGCUAUAAAAUUCUACAAGCAUGUUGUCCAGAGUGUGGAGAAGUUUAUUCAAAAGUGCAAACCAGAAUACAAGGUCCCUGGGCUGUACGUCAUCGACUCGAUCGUCAGACAGUCGCGGCACCAGUUUGGCACGGAGAAGGAUGUUUUUGCCCCGCGCUUCAGCAAGAAUAUCAUUGCAACGUUCCAGCACCUCUACCGCUGCCCUUCAGAUGAUAAGAGUAAGAUUGUGCGAGUCCUGAACCUGUGGCAAAAGAAUGCGGUCUUCAAAAGUGACAUCAUCCAGCCUCUACUGGACAUGGCAGCAGGGAUUCCCCCUCCCAGUGUCACACCUGUCAUGCCCAGCAGUGCUGCUCCAGUCAACAAUACUACACCUGGCACCCCAGCUACUCCGGCUACCCCAGCUAACAUAGUCCAGGGUCUGCCUGAUUGGGCUUCCCAGAUCACCAACACCGACACUGUGGCUGCUGUGGCACAGAUCCUACAGAGUCCCCAGGGACAACAGCUGCAGCAGCUGGUACAAAGUCUACAGAUGCAGCAACAGAAGCCCCAGCCGUCCUUGCUGCAGGCCUUGGACGCUGGCCUGGUGGUGCAGUUGCAAGCCCUGACAGCUCAACUCACUGCCGCCGCUACUGCCAACAGCCUCAACCCCCUGGAACAGAGGGUCUCAUCUUUUAAUAAGAAGCUUCUGGGUCCUUUUGAUUUCGGGAAUGAUUCUGAACGCAAUGAAGACUCUAAAAAGGACUCCUCAUCAUCUCAACUGCCCAUGGUGUCAGAGCCCAUCAACAGCUCCCUCUUCCAUCAGUUGGCUGAGCAGCUACAACAGCAGAACCUGGAACAGUUUCAGAAGCAGCUUUUAGAGCACCAGCAGAAGGCUAUGAGCAUAGAGGGGCAGGACUCAAUCUUUGGUCAAGAGAACUCCGUUGCGACUGCUCAGAGCAGCAGCCAGGCACAGCUUCCUGAGCAAGACAACAAGGUGGACGACUCCAUAGACAACCAACAGCAGGACAUGGAUCUGGACGAGGGCCCAGAUGGUAUGGAUGAGGAGAUCUUUGAGGCAGAGGAGAAGAAGAUAGUAAGCACACGCUCCAGAACACGGUCAAGGUCACGCUCCAGGUCUCCGAAAAGGAGAAGGUCCAGGUCCCGCUCCGGCUCACGUAAACGCAAACACCGCAAGCGUUCACGCUCACGCUCCAGAGACCGCAAGAGGAAGUCAUCACGGUCUUACUCAAGUGAAAGACGAGCCAGAGAGCGAGAGAAGGAGCGGCAGAAGAAAGGACUGCCUCCCAUCCGAUCCAAGACUCUGAGUGUGUGCAGCACGACUCUGUGGGUGGGCCAGGUGGACAAAAAGGCCACGCAGCAAGACCUCACCAACUUAUUUGAAGAGUUUGGCCAGAUUGAGUCUAUUAAUAUGAUCCCUCCCAGAGGCUGUGCCUACAUCUGUAUGGUCCACAGACAGGAUGCGUACCGCGCACGCCAGAAGCUCAGCACUGGCUCCUUUAAGAUCGGCUCCAAAGUCAUCAAGAUUGCAUGGGCUUUAAACAAAGGGGUAAAGCAAGAGUACAAGCAGUUUUGGGAUGUGGACCUUGGCGUCACCUACAUCCCUUGGGAGAAGGUGAAGGUGGAUGACCUGGAUGGCUUUGCUGAGGGAGGAAUAAUCGACCAGGAGACCGUUAAUGAUGAGUGGGAAGCAGCCAAGAAUUCUGAGCCAGCCAAGGAAGUUACUAUUCAGCCAGUGAGCAGUGAAACUACAGCAGCAUCGAACACCCAGACUGAGACCUACAGCCAGCAGGUCACCAUGAUGCCUGUACAGCUCCCAGUGGCCCAGGCUGUUUCUAGUGCAGUAGGUUUGGUGCCUCCUACCUUCCCUGUCACCAUGGGCAUACCUCCACCAGGCUACGGACCGCCACCACCCUUCAUAAGGGCUGGCUUCAAUGCCUCACAGCCUCCGCCAGGUUUUAUGCAGGCAGCACAAAACGCAGCCAUGGCCUCAGCAGCCACUUCUCUAGUGCAGUCUUCAGUGGCAGCUAGCCAAGAAGCUGUCAAGGAAUCACCAUUCGGUGCCAUGAUUCCUCCGACCAGCACCCUCCCAGCCGGCUUCAUGGCUGGUGCGUUCAACCCAGUGGGAGUCCAGACUCAGCAAGCCACUAAUGAUAAAAACUCACAGUCUGAGGGUAUGGAUGCUGCUGCUGAGCUUACUCUGCAAGGCAUGCAGAAUGCAGUCCGCAGUGGGAUGGGUCUCCUUGGCAUGCACCCCACGGCUUCACUCACCCACCAGCUCCAUCAGUCUGGUCUGGCUGGGCAGAGAAUGCCUGGCCUGCUGCCUCUGGAUGUGCGACCUAACCUCCUCCAACCUGGUGCUGCUGCCCGCUUCCCGCUGCUCAUGCAGCAGGGGCCCGUCCAGCAGGCUGCUGGCCUCCUCGAAAGUUCCCUCCAGGCUCAAGUCCGUGCCAGAACUCCCUUCCCUCAGCUGGACCCCUUCAACAGGGCCCCCAACAUUACUAAUGAAAACUUAUCCAAGGCAGAAGAUGAGUCUUCCUCUGGAGCUGAUGAGGGCAAAGACCAGGACUACCGCUUCCCUCCAAUGGAAAAGCAGAGCACAGGCCUGCUGAGGACCCCUCCACCAGAGCAUAGGGAGCCCCUUGGAGGCGGUGGAGCAGGAGGCGGAGGAGGAGGCAGGCCUCCCUUGCUCCAGACCCCAGGGACUCAGCCAGCCAGGACCAGCCUAGUGGGACGUCUGCAGGCUCUCGCAGGCUUCACUCCUGAUAACCGUUGGAACCAGACCAGAGGGGACUUUGAUGAGCGAGAUGGCAUGCGAGGAGGUCUACAGGCCCCAGGUGGUCCAAAGGGCUUCCAGGAGGAGCGGCCCACACCUGGGCAGAACUUCCCCAACCGAUUCGACAGCCGUCCUGGGACAGCAGGAGGAGCAGCUGGAGUUUCGGCAACUACUGGAGCUGUUGGAGGGCCUCCAGCCUGGAACCGUAGUGGUGGUGGUGGUGGUGGUGGUGGUGGUGGUGGUGGCGGGGGAGGUGGUAGCACCGCACCUUUUGACAGUGAACUACAUCAAGACCUCGAUGAGCGAAGACGCCCGUGGGACAGGCAAAGAGACAGAGAUGAAAGAGAUUUUGACUUCAGGAGGGAGAUGAACGGUAACCGCCACAGCCGAGAGAGAGAGCGGGAACGUGACAGGGAGAGAGACAGGGAGCGAGGCAGAGACCGCCCCAGAGAGCACGAACGUGACAGAGACCGGGACAAAGAGAGAGACCGCGAGAGGGAUCGUGAACGUGGCGGCUGGACGCCUCUUCUCCCUCUGCCUACACCUCUGCUUCCAACACCAUCUCUUAAUCCCAAUCUGACCCUGAACCAAGGCAAACUCCUGGCACCACUUAAAUUGAAUCCCCAGAUUCCGCCACGGUUCCAGUCCCCACUCCUGCCUCAAGCUCCAGGCAAGCCCCCACUCUUGGGUCUAAAUCAGCCGCCGCCGCAGGUCCAGAUUAAGUCUCCACCUCCAUCACAGAGCCAAACGGCUGUGCCCGAGCCCCAGUCAGAGACCCCAGCUCUGUCUGAGACACCUCAGGCACAGUCGCCACCCACUACCCAAUCACUUGACCUGUCACCUGACAGCAAAGGUCAGAGCCCUUUGACUGAGGCUCCCACCCAAGCCCAGUCUUCACCACAACAACCUGAGACCCCUCCACAAACAGAAUCGUCCUCACAGCCCAUGGCCCAGUCCCCAGCUCAGUCACCAGCCCAGUCAUCAGCUCAGUCCCCAGCCCUGUCCCCGGUCCAGUCCCCGGCCCAGUCCCCAGCCCAGUCCCCAGUCCAGUCCCCAGUCCAGUCCCCAACCCACUCCCUCUCCAAAUCAACCACUUCUCCAGACAUUGAGAGCCCAAGCCUAGCCUCACCGCUGGUGGAGGCCUCAUCCCAGGACUCACCCGUGGCCUUCACACAAGCUGCCUGCCCCCCUGAAGAGACUCACUCUCUGGAGGAGCAGGAAAGCUCACAGAAGGAUGAGGAGGCGUCACAAGAUACAGUCUCCUCACCCCAACCACAGUGGGUCAACGGAUCUGGGCUGGACAAUAGCGUGGUGGCUGAACCUACACCCGAAGCCUCCCCUGAGCUCUCUCCCGAGCCCACUGAAGAACCCUCUCCUGAUUCUGCAUUCCCUGAAAGUGAUCCGGAGCAGCAGCAGGAGCAGCUUGACUCUCCUGAGGAUGUAGACAAUGAACAGAGUGAGCCCAUGGAGGAAGCUGCGAGUCAGCCAGUGGUAGACACUGUCACAGACACUGAGGGGACAUAAUCAUCACUCAGUAGGUAAAAGAUCAUUUUGUAAAGUUGUCUCUUCUUCUCUGUACUCAUGUCAGCAAACCACCACACGGGACAUGGCGAAUACUGACUCACAUCAGUUAUUGUUAUUAUUAUAACCAAUAACAAAUGAUUUUAUCUCUCACAAAUACCAGUGUACUUAAAUAGAAGGCUCGUUAGCUGAAUUAUUGAUAGACAAUUAUGUUUGUGUUUUUAUUUCCUUUUUUAAGUUGUAAUGCCACCUCACACGUUUUAAUCUAAGCUUGGCGAAUUUUAUUGAAUUGCCUACCAAAAUGUUUGAAUUGUAUAUGGAGAAAAUGCGCUUUGACCUUCCUAUGGAAGAGAGUAAAAAAUAUCCUGGCUGUUCGACAACGGAUUGAAUACAGUUACACACCAUACUUGAAAAAGGCAGUUGCUGGCCCAAUUUCUGUCUCCUCUUCUUUUUGAAACGCUGCUGCAAAGUUUUCAGUGAAUGCUUCUGUGGUGUCCUACAAUGCUUUCUGUUUCUAUGCAGAACCAAUAGCCUGCAUACAGUGAGACCAGUACAGCUGCUUAUAAUUGGAAAAAAAUGAACGUUUUUCAAAAUGAAAACAUGAAAAUGUUGUAUCCCCAAAAUAAAUGUCUGUAAUUUGUUUCCAAUUAUACAGUGAACACAAACAGAAAAAUUACAUGCCAGGAGGAAGAAAAAAAAAAACGAAACAGAGGGAUGUUCUCAUGUUGGGUGCAUUUUGUUUUAGUUUGAAAUAAACAUGCUUUGUCUGUUUAAAAACACAUGCUUUAGGACUGUUUUCUGACCCAGGACCAGUGGAAACUAAGACUGCUUUACAGACUCUUACACAUUGUGUGCUGUCACUUCAGUCGAUUUGAUGUUCUCGUAACUCAAGUUGCUGCUAUACCAUCCAUCCACAGAGCAUUUUGUUGGAUGCAACCGUGGGACUUGUAGUUUUUAGUUUCUGAUGACUUCAGCCUGUAUGUUUCCCUAAGCUUUUUUGCUGGGUGACUGUUGAGGAUGGGAUUGUGCCUUUUUUUAAUGGAUUUGUCGUUCAUGAUGCUACCCAACACUACUGUGUGAUGUAAACCAGACUGUGCGUGCAACUCGGUUUCAGACAGCUCUAUGAACACAAUGCUACCUGCACAGAAUUGACUGGCCUACCGUUUGAAUGGUAGCUGGGCAGUUUGUACAGCACUCACCUAGAGGAGACAAUUCGAUAUACCCCAUCGUUCUGUGCAUGCAGGCCUGUAGCCAUGUUUUAACCUUCUUGUCUCUCUUUUGUCAUUUCAUACUUGUAGUGCUUUUCUGUUGAGACAUACUACUAGAAAUCCAUAGUCUGUUGUUCUCUCAGACCAAAUGUCUACUACAGGAGUUGUGAUGUUGAAUAAAAGUUGAAGGUGCAUCAGAUUUUUA